UAUACAUAUUUUCGUUCUAUUGGUUGGCUACUAUGAUGAGGGGACCAGGAGGGGACUAGAUAGUAAACUCUGUGCAUAUAAAUGACAGUUGAUGGACCUUUGAAAUGUGCAGCAAGAAAUUAGUUAAAUCUUGAAGUGGUUGGAGGUUAUAAUACUCUCUGGUUAUAACUCGCAAGGAUUAGAUGUGGCUUUGCAUGCAAUUUUUGUAAUCUGUGAACUAGUUUUAAUUUUCACUAGACUACAUUGAAUAGUUUACAGUUUGUUUUGGGGUAUAAUUUAAUAACGUUACACAGCUGCUUAUUUUUGUGGUUAGUAAACGAAUUGUCCCUAAUUGUCAUGAGUGUUCGUGUUGAACCACAAGAAGUGUUGGCCUAUUUGAAUCGCAUGGGAUUUUGCCAUGUUACUGCUGAGCAACUCACAGCCUUUAUUAAAGAUUUAAAAAAACUAAUAAAGCAUGAUUUAAGACAAUGUAAGUGUUCGGAUAAGAGGUCUUGUGAUGAAUCGUGCACUACUACAAGCAAUUCAGAUUCUUAUUUCCAUGACAACAGACCCUGCUCAUCUCUUAAAGAAAAUGAAUGUAUGAAACUGUCAAGUUGCACUUCAGAGCCAGAUGAAACAGAUUAUUCCUGUACAUCAAGUGAAAAGAGUGAAAGCGAUGAGGAGAACAGAAAGCAAAUGGCUGAAGUGCAAUUCAUUGAAAGAAAGAAACAAAGUAAAAUUCAAAAAGUAACUGACCGACCCAGGUCUUCAUUCAUCAAACCUUGGCAGCUACAAAUGCCUGCAACUCACCGACGUACUGAUCCUGUCGCUUUGUAUCAUAAAUACCAGUCAAUGUGGCAACAGCAAAAAGUACCUGGUGAUGAUGGGCGUAUCGGUUUGAGAUGGCAUGUGAGAGAGAAAAUGUUGGGAGUUGAUCCACACCCAAGGCCAGUGCCACGAGCACCUUCUGUAGAACGAAUUGCAAAACACAGACCAGGAUGUUCCAGUUUACGAUUGAUUUGAUAAUUGCUGUUGAAAGUUUUCUGUAAAAUUCAGAAAAUUCUUCCCACUAAGACACAAGAAUGUGUGAAUUCCUAUCAUUUUGGUGUAAAAAUAGAAGCUGACGUGCGUCAACUCUUGAAUCUUGAUAUUUGAUGCAAGAAUACACCAUUGGUAUGAAAGAUUAAAACAUUACUGUGAAACCAGGGCUCGAUGGUUAACAAGUGCAUUUCAAGAAAAGCCAUUAAGUGUUGACAAAUAAUGAAUAAUAAUUCAUUUUAGACAUGCAUUGUGUGUAAAUAUUAAAUGAUUCAAAUGUAUAGGAAAAUAAAUUGUUAAACUAGUUACAAUGUAGAGAAAUUACAAGACACUAUUAGAUGGCCAAAAAUUCAGUUUGCUAUUGGUGUAGGCUACCUUUGUUUCUGUUAUUUUCAUCAAAGACCAUUCAAACUCGUACAGUGUAUGAAAAAAUUAAGUGGCAAAUAAUGUAUCAAUUUUAGUAGUCUUAAAUUUGAUUGUGUAAUAACAUAAUGUUGGUGGUCCAGUGGUGUUGUUGCCCUGUGGUUACAAUUCUAUUUAAUUAUGAAAAUGUGCAUAGACAAUAGUUUGAAAAUACAUAUAACCAGAGAAUGUUUUCAGUCAGUGUGGUGAAAUAGUUUGCCUGUCGGGGUCUUUCUUAUUAAAAAUGUAGGAAGGUCAAAAAUCCCCCCAAAUUAAAGAAUAUAUUGCAAAUUGUCUUCAUUUUGAUAAUUCUCUGGUAGGGGGCUAUAAACUCCAGUUAUCUCUGGGUAAAGGAAAAAAAAGCAACUGAAAUAUGCACACAAAUGUGCACUACAACAGUAAUUUGAAUAAGUGAAUGAAACAAAAAUUAUCAAGUAUUGCCAUUUUUCAAAAUAUUCUUUUAAAAAAGUAAUAAUAUUAAUAAAAUAAUAAUAAAAUAAUGAUAAUUAUAAUAACAAUAAAAAUACUUGGGAUCUAAGAAACAAAACUAGAUCGCUGAAUGCAGGGUGGUCACUUUCUGGAUAAUUGGGUAAGCUCGACAGAUUCGUUGAUCAGAAAUCUCAGGGUUAAGAAAUUGUUAUUGUUAAGAAAAUGAUUUAGGAGCUAGGACAAUUCUUUGAGGGUAUGUUAUUUUAAAAAGUUGAUAGAAUUAUUCCUUGAGAGAGAGAGAGAGAGAGAGAGAGAGAGAGAAGCUGCGAUAAGUUCUUUUUGUGGCACAAUGUUUUUGUUAAGCAUAAAAAAUUGGAAAACCUGGUAAAAACAGGAAAACUUGUUCCAGGAAAAUAGUGACCUGGGAGGUUUAAAUAUAAACUGUGAUAAAGUAUUUCUUGCAGGUACAAAAUAUACUAUUGUCAGAGACGCUGAAGUAGAUGAAUGAAUGGCAAUGUGCAAUUGUUAAGAUGGUUCGGAAUGUUGCCAAUCAUUGCAGGAGCUGCUGGAUGUUCAGUAAAUUUGCAAUCAUAAAAAUAUCUUUGUAAUUUACUGCUGUAUUAUGUAAGGGAAAAAAUGUUAAUUGUUUGUGGUUUCUGAAAUUUUGCUUUCCUUGAAUGCUUCUUCGUUUCAUCAUUCUAAAUAGUUUAUUUACACUACAGGUCUUGAGCAAGUGGGGUUAAGAGUUUCACAUUGAAUUUCUGAUGUGGCAUUCUAUUCCUUGAAAGAUUUGGUUCUGGAAUGUUUUAUUUGCCUUGUAAUGACAAAAUUGUUUGUAAUGAAGGGACACAUCAAUGACCUUUAGGAUUAUCGUAUAGUGUGUUUGAUGACCCUUCAUGACAACUAACCCAGACACGCCCAUUCCGCACACCCACACAACAAAAACGACAAGGAAUGAUAUUACUUGUACUUGUUCUUGAAGAUUUUUUAUCCUACAAUAUACUCGCAAAUGCACCUCCAGGCAAAUCAGGUACUAGAAAUCCCAAGAACGCUCCAGGUGUAAACUUAACUGUCAUGGUAGGAGCUCCUGCAAGAAAAAGGGGAAGAUACAUACUAGCAGGGCACAUAUCAUGCUUGUGUUGUAAUUUUGUAUUCUACAUGAUGCUCCCAAGUAAUGUAGAGAUAAGUCAUUUUGCCAACAAGAGGGGCAUUCACAGACAAUUGUUUUGCGAUUUAUCCACCUGUUGCUGUCUCUUCUGCAAGAAAAUUCCAUAUGAAAUGCAUCAUGAUGUCAUAGAUAACAAGCUAUGACUUUUAGAUGAGACUGAAUGAAGAAAUGGAUCUAUUAUGGUCAAAUGUUGCCAUUUCAUUAUAUAGUCCUUGUGGAAAUGUUUUAUUAAAACAAUGUGUUGGUUGCACUUGGCAAAAGAAAAGUAGGAAACUACUUUUGAUGUAUAGUAGUAACUGCAAACAUUUUGUUAGAGCAAAAAAGGAAGUUGGAGAGUGUUUUUUGGAUCAUGGAUUUUUGCUCUUGCUAACUGUACUGUACUGUACAAUCGCAGGGAUGUGCGAUUAUUGAAUGUUAAGUUUUUAUAUUUGCCAUGAAUGCAUGUAAAAUUAAAAUUAAUGAUUUUCAGUGUAUUAAUAGCAUUAAAAAUAAGAUGUCUCACUAUUGAAUCUUUAAAUUAAUUUAACAAAACAAUACAUUACAAAAAGUGUCAAUUCAAACAUAACAUACAAUAUUUCAAAUAAUCAU